AUGACCAGUAACCCCAUGGGAGAGGCCAGAACGAGCGACAAUGGCCAUGGCUGCGACAAUGCCACUGGUCCCACCACCGACCAAUAUCUUCGCCCGGACCCGGCCCAACACCAAUCGCCCACGUUGACCACGUCCUCGGCAAACAGAUUACUACCUUCACCUAUUCCUCCUCCCACGGCCUCUUCCCUCACAUACUCGUUACAUCGCCCGCAGUCCAGAGUCAGCGCCCAGUCGGGAGGUUCAAAGGACUCGCAAGCUACCAAAGACAGUCACGACGGCCUGCCAGUCAGGAAGAGCCACUCACAGUCGAUAUCCAGUACUCCGCGCACGCUGGCGUCUUCACAUCGGAGUACAACCACCAGUGCUGAAAACAGGGAGAGGCAGCGUGCCGCCCGUUCGCUCCCACCCUGGGUCCAAUCCGCCGACGACGAGGAGGAAGGCAUUGACGCCACUGCCUUCCUCCUCCCCCGCACGCCAACCACCGUUCGUCAUGCCAACCACAACUUCUGUCCUACACCAAAGUCCAAUGUCCCAGGGCGCAAGUUCGACCAUGCCCGCGAGGGCGCCCCGGUGACACUGAGCACGCCUGUUAGCGACAGCGCACCGAAAUGGAAGAACUUUACCGCCGGCUCCAACCACGAGCGGCCUAUCUCGUCGCGAGGCCAGAUUGUCGACGAUGACUGGCUCAGGGAGAACAUGCCGGAUCUGGAGCAAAAGUGGGAGCCCAUUGACAAGGACAAUGGCAUCGAAGACACCAAGGGCUUCUGGCUCUUUACGUCGGAGAAGAGAAAGCGCAGAUUAGUGCGCUUCCACAACACCACUAUGAACCACCCCAUGGUGCCGGCCCUAGUGCGCGCAUGCGUCCUCAUCUUCUCCAUCCUCGCUCUUUCCCUAGCAUGUUCCAUCUACCGGCACUCCAACAACAACGGCUGCAACACCAACUCGUCGACCUGGAUGGCCAUUCUCGUCGACAUUGUCGCUGUCCUCUACACCGUCUACAUCACCUAUGACGAAUACACGUCCAAGCCGCUGGGUCUGCGUUCGCACAAUGCUAAGAUGUCGCUAAUCUUCUUGGACUUGGCAUUUAUUGUGUUUGAAUCUGCAAACCUCAGUCUGGCCUUUCAAGCACUCACCGACGACAAAUGGGCAUGUGUGGAUUCAGAUAGGGCCAAUGCUUGUCCGUAUAGAGAGAGCAUAUGCGAGAGACAAAAGGGCUUGACAGCUACGCUGUUUAUUGCCCUCAUUGCGUGGAUCGCCACUUUCGCUAUUAGUACUUUAAGGUAA